UUUUUUUUUUUUUUCUCUCGGAAUCAAACUGUAAUCAUCGCAACUCAAGGCUCCGGUAAAAACUUUGCACAAUGGACGUAGACAAAACCGCCUUUCCUGCAAGGCUCCUCGAGAUCCUGGAGGCUCUUUCGAAUGCCGAUUUUGUCUCUAUCGAUUUUGAGUUUUCCGGUAUUGCCACCAAGCCGACGAUUCGACAGAAGCAAAGCAUUCAAGAGCGUUAUGUGGAAACCAAACAAGCAGCAGAGAAAUAUCAAAUACUUCAGGUCGGACUCACCUGCGCCAUUCUUGACAGGAAGAAGGAGACUUAUAUCCUACAACCUUAUAACCUACCAAUCAGUCCAGUCUUCGAUGAAGAUCUAGAUUUGGAGAGACAGUUCUCCUUCCAAAGCGGUGCAGUAGAGUUCUUGCUCAGGAACGGGUUUAACUUCAACUUGACCUUCGAGAACGGAGUUCCCUACUUGUCACGAGAUGAAGAGCAUGAAGCUAAGGAAAAAUUCACGGCAAGAGAUGACAAGAAUCGAUUUGAAGAUAUUUUGAUUGCGGAAAGCGACACAUUGACUCUGAAGUUUUUGGAGAAAGUUAGAUGUGAGGUUCACGAGUGGUUGACUCGGAAGAAGGAGGACAGCCUGGAGAUUCGAUCGCGCACACUUCAUUGGAGGGAGAAUUGCGACGCAAUAGGUGACCUUACAAGCUUUGACAAGCGUUUAAUUCAUCAAUUGAUUCGUAAUGAAUUUCCCUCGCUGGUCACCAUUUCGCGGCGUCAGUCCGUCGUCAUCAAAGCCUUGGACGAAGGUCGCGAACACCAAAUCCGUAAAGAAAAAUACAGGCGACUGAAAAAAAAGAUCUACUCUCAAACCGGAUUUCGAUGGAUCAUCGAGGCGCUGACAGGUGGAUCACUUGCGAACAUCGACCUUAUGUGGUUUGCCCAGGAUCCGGAGACCGGGGCACCGCGGUAUUACGAUAGCACAGUGCUCGAGGCACGAUUCCAACGCGCAAGCGAAAAGCUCAAGAGAAAAAGACCUGUGCUUGUUGGGCACAACUGUUUCACGGACCUUAUCUACCUCUAUUCGAAUUUUCUCGGUAGGCUGCCCGACGACGUCUCUGAAUUUCAACAGCGAAUACAUGAGCUCUUCCCAUUCGUGGUGGACACCAAAUAUAUGUUCACUCACAACUGUGGAAAUAUGAAUCCAGCAUCUAGCCUAGACUCCAUCGAGGAAUCAUUACGAGUGCAGCAGAAACCUAGGAUCAAGACGCAUAAAGAGCAUAGAAGAUACGAGACGGAUAAGAUGCACCAUGAAGCAGGAUACGAUUCCUAUUUGACCGCAAAGGUGGCGAUCUUGCUGAGCACGAAACUGGAAGCGCAAGGAAUGUAUGUGCUUGAAGAAAACUAUGGGAACAACUCGCAACCAGUGACUCCUGAUGGUAAACAAAAGCUGGAUAGCCGUCCAACAGCUUCGCCACAAGCACAGGUGAUCAGUGGCAAGGUCGCAGAUGUCUCAAAAAACACAAAGCACAUUACACCGUCGCCACGUAAAAAGGUCUCGCCCCAGGUGAAAAGUCGAUUUGCAACAAAAACCCUUUUCGAAGCUCUUGCCUCCGUCCCAGCAUCGGACAACGAGACAGAGGAGGACGAGAGUGCUGCUGUUGGUCCUAGAUUCAUUUUCAACCCCAACGCGCCUCCGUUUCCCAUACCAGCCUCUGACAGAGCAGUUGAAGCGAGAAGCAGCAAAGACAUAAAUGAAACGGCUACGAAAGAAGAACUCAAGCUGGACGCAUUAAUGCCACCAUUUCAUAGCGAUUUCUGGGGUGUGUACUCAAACAAGCUGAGGGUGUUCGGAACGGUGGAAGGUCUGCUGGACUUGGACCCAACGAGGCAACAAUGCGUUUCUUGACCUUGACGGUCUUGUAUCAUCUUGAAUUAAGGCGAUGGCUCUCAGGUAUUCUUUACGUAGUUCGAGAGAUAGAUAAAUAGUGUA